AUGGCUUCCUUAUACAAGGCGGCAGCGGCCGUGUGCCUCGUCGCAGCCUGCGGGCUCCAAUCGGCGGCGGCGGACACUAAAAACUACAAGUUUACCGCAGAAGACGUAACAGAAGAAGCCUACCUGGCGGCAAACUUGGCCCGCAAUGGACAGCUCCCAGUUCACGUCAGCGAAGUCUCAGAGGACAAAAACAUUGUCACUACCCUGACGGGAAAAGUAAACAGCGCAGAGGCACGAACUGACGCGACGUGCAAUGAGUUGAUAGCAUCCGAUCUUAAGGCUACGUUCCACCACGCGUUCGAGUACGAUGCCGAUACCAGUACUAAUUACCGUCAAUUUCUGCAGGCAGCUCUUGACAAAGGAUUGGCGAUCUUCGACGAGGAAUAUUUCAACGGACUGAUAGAACGAACAACUCUGUUAAAGGAUAUGACGGCAGACGACCUGAAGCUUUCUGUUGGAAAUGGCGCUGAAGCAGUCCGGUUUGGUUGCUAUGCUGGCCGUCGUCUCUUCCUAGAGAAGCAACCUUCCGGUAGCUCGCUAGCUAGCCACCCCGCUUCCUCCGACGAUCCCAGUUUUAUUGCGUCGUGGACUUUGAUUAAACUCCGAAACGUACCGGUCGGGUUCGUCCUCUGCUUCUGCGGCGGACAAAAGCAGAAGAAGAGAAGAGAGGCGAUUGACGAGAGCCACAGAUAA